GAGACCGGGGCUAGUUGGCAGCAGGGGUAAGUUGACGAAUUGCGUUUAUCUGCAAAGUCUUUCAUCAAAAAGUGCCAAUAAUUUCAGGAAACCUUCUUAGUUGACCAUUUCAUCUUUCACUGUAGUAUUGUGGGGAUUUGCGCAUGCGCAUAAAAGAUAUUGUGAUUUAUGUGUUUUUUCCACAUUUUUGUAACUUUUACAACUUCUUUAUUUUUUCGAUUUUUAAAAGCAAUUUCAUCAAGUACAAGUAAACUUGAUUGGAGUUAUAUCUUGCAUGGUUCAGUAAAAUCUGUCCAACCAUUAUUUUUUAUUUAUAUACGUUUUUCAGGGAUCGGUAGGGGAGUUUGUGACCAAAUAGCUGUCGGGGUUAGUUGGCAAAAUUUUGGCGGGGCAAGUUGGCCGUAUAUAUCAACUAAACCCGGUUGCGAUUGGACAUAAAUUUUAACUUUUUCUAUAAAUUUUGAUUUAUUUUUUUAAAAAUCGAUUAGAUAGAUCACAUAUAUUACAUGCGAAACUAUAAAAGAAAAACAAAGAGGGCUAUAACUCCUCAAAAUGUUAUAAAAAAUGCUGUUGAUGCUGUUUUAUUAGAAGGAAAAUCUAUACGAAAAACAGUCAAAGACUUUAAUAUCCCUGAAAAAAGUUUGUCCCGAUACUGCAAAAAGCAACAACGUCAUAGUCAGCAAAUAUCAGGUUACAUAAAAUCUAGACAGGUCUUUACUGAUUUACAAGAAGGUCUGUUGGAACAAUAUGUGACUAAAGCUUCUGAUAUUUAUUAUGGACUUUCUCCUAAGGAAGUGAGGAAACUAGCUUAUCAGUAUGGAAAAGCGAAUAGCAUAAAAAUGCCUCAUAAUUGGAGUGCAAAUGAAGCAGCUGGAGAAGACUGGUUCAGUGCUUACCUCAAAAGGCACAAAAAACUGUCAAUAAGAAAACCUGAGGCAACAAGUCAAGCACGUGUUUCCAGUUUUAAUCCAACAAAUGUUCAAAAGUUUUACAAAAAUUUACAAACUAUUCUUAAUCGUUUAAAGUUGGAAAAUGGAGAUAUUUGGAAUAUGGAUGAAACUGGUAUUACCACAGUUCAAACUCCAGAUCAUAUUGUAGCAAGAAAGGGUUUUAAAUAAAUUGGGCGUGUUACUUCGGCUGAGAGAGGCAAUUUAGUAACUGUGGCAGUUGCUGUUUCUGCCAGUGGAAAUUCAAUUCCUCCAUUUUUCAUAUUUCCUCGUGUGAAAUUUAAAAGCUAUUUUUUAAAUGGUGCUCCUGAUGGAAGUGCAGGCGCUGCAAACCCAUCUGGUUGGAUGACUGAAGUUCAAUUUUUGCAGUUUUCCCAUCAUUUUGUCAAAUAUGCCAGAAGUACAAAAGAACGACCUGUUUUGUUG